AUGCCAGCAGACACCAAGAACCAGCGCCAGAGGAUCUUCCUGGCCGAAGACCUCCACAAGCACAACUCAAACACCGACUGCUGGGUAUCCUACAACCGCAAGGUCUACAACAUCUCAUCAUUCCUGGCAGAUCAUCCCGGUGGAGACCAUCUGCUGCUCCAGUAUGCCGGAAAGGACCUGGGCGAUGCAAUGGAGGACCCCAAGGAACACUCGCAUUCGAAGGCGGCCUACGAGAUGCUGGACGACUUCCAGAUCGGAAUCCUCGGCACCCCAGAGACCAUCCUCAACCCGAACCUGAUCAUCGACGACGACUUCAAGCCCACGGCCACGGACAUCUCCAAAGACCAUCUCCGCAACCAGUUCCUCGACCUCUCCAAGCCCCUCAUCCCCCAGAUGUGGUCCGCCCACUUCUCCAGAGCCUUCUACCUCCAGCAGGUCCACCAGCCCCGCCACCUCUCCCACCCCGCCCGCCUCUUCGGCCCCUGGUACCUCGAGAUGUUCACCCGAACAUCCUGGUACGUCGUCCCGCUCAUCUGGCUCCCCAUCGCCUUCGCCCUCUUCCAUCGCGCCCUCCAGCAGCAGAUCGACGCCGGCAACUCCACCCCGGCAGCCUGGGCCAAGAACAUCGUCUCCUUCCUCUUCGGCAACCUCGUCUGGACCUUCCUCGAAUACAUCCUCCACCGCUUCCUCUUCCACAUCGACGACGUCCUCCCCGACCGGCCCUUCUUCCUCCUCCUCCACUUCCUCCUCCACGGUGUCCACCACUACCUGCCCAUGGACCGGCUCCGACUAGUCAUGCCCCCCAUCCUCUUCGCCGCCCUCUCCCAUCCAUUCACCCGGCUGGCCUACUUCCUCUUCCCCGUCCCCUACGCCAACGCUGUCAUCUCGGGCUCGUUCACCUUCUACGUGCUCUACGACUGCACGCACUACGCCCUGCACCACACACAGCUGCCGAAGUAUGUCAAGGAGAUGAAGAUCUACCACAUGGCCCAUCACUUCAAGGACGCCGAUCUCGGCUUCGGCGUCACCAGCAAGAUUUGGGACUACGCCUUCGGUACCGUCUUGCCCGUCCGCUAA